CCCAGAAAGAAGUCUUAUUCCUGCACAUAAAUGACGGUUCAUCUUUGGAAAGUCUUCAAGUUGUAGCAGAUUCAAGCUUUGAUAGUAGGAAAGCGGCUUCAUGCACAUCCACACUCCAAUCAUCACAUCGAACGACUGUGAGGGUGCGGGGGAGCUUUUCCAAGUUGAACCUUCAAGCAAAAUGAAGAAUCCAGAGGAGAAUUUCUUUAAUGUUCCUGCAUUUUUAACUGUCUCAGGACAACUUCAUCUGGAAGUGAUGUCAGGAGCUUUUACUCAAGUGUUUACCUUUGGUCCGACAUUCCGAGCAGAGAAUUCUCAGAGCCGUCGACACUUGGCAGAGUUUUAUAUGGUAGAAGCUGAGAUUUCUUUUGUUGAGAGCCUUCAAGAUAUCAUGCAGGUCAUGGAGGGGCUUUUCAAGACCGUGACAAUGAUUGUUCUCUCAAAGUGUCCUGAGGAUGUUGAACUGUGUCACAAAUUUAUAGCUCCUGGCCAAAAGGACAGAUUAGAACAUAUGCUUAAAAACAACUUUUUAAUCAUUUCUUACACAGAAGCAGUGGAGAUCUUGAGACGGGCAUCCCAGAAUUUCACCUUCACACCACAGUGGGGUUCCGACCUGCACACGGAACAUGAAAAGUACUUGGUGAAGCACUGUGGUGAUGUGCCAGUCUUUGUUAUCAACUACCCACUCACGCUCAAGCCUUUCUACAUGAGAGACAACGGGGAUGGCCCACCAAGCACGGUUGCUGCUGUUGAUCUUCUGGUCCCUGGUGUAGGCGAGCUCUUUGGAGGAAGCCUCAGAGAGGAGAGGCCUCAAUUCCUAGAGCAGCAACUAACCAGAUUGGGACUGUUGGAAACCUACCAAUGGUAUCUGGACCUUCGUCGAUUUGGAUCCGUGCCACAUGGAGGUUUUGGGAUGGGAUUCGAACGUUAUCUGCAGUGUAUCUUGGGAGUUGACAAUAUCAAAGAUGUUAUCCCUUUUCCAAGGUUCACUCAUUCAUGCCUUUUAUAGCUGCAAGUUUGGUAAAGGAAAUCACUUCAUGCAGAAGUACUCCAUGUGUGUUCAUACAAGAGAAUGACUUUAUUUAGAAACACAGAUGCAGCAUAUUUUGGCAUGUAGCUGUGGUGCCAUAAGAUACACGUGGCAAAAGAGACAUGACUUUCGUGAAAAGGUGAAGUCAUUUCAUGGAAGACAAAUGUUCUC